AUGAAGUUCCGGUCACAGCCGCCAGGGGGCGCCGGCGGCCCCGGCGAGGAUCCCCCCGCGCCUGCAGGGGGCGCUGUGCCGCGGGCGGGGGGAGCAGGCGGCGAUGGGGCUGGGCCCGGACGGGAAGGGAUGGAGAAGGGAGGCUUCGCUUCACCUGCCCUGGGGCAGCGUUGGGCAGAAGAGAGGCUUCGCUUCACCAGCCCUGGGGCAGCGUUGGGCCCGGUGCUCCAGCAGAACUCCCAGGAACAGCAAGCUGAAACGGCAGGAGGUGCCGGCAGGACAGGAGUGCGGCGUCCGGCAGCAGAAGAAGAGGCAGCCGCCGGCUGGGCUGUGGCGGUGGCAGCAGUGACCUCCACUGACCUGAGCGAGAGAGCGACUGCCCCGCUCUCCUUUCUCCUGCUUCUCAUCCCGCCGUGUCCCCCUCCCUCCGAGAGAAACCCCCAGAAACCAGAGGGAAAUCAGACAUCAGCGACCCACCCAUCAGUGCUUCUGAGCAACUCAAUGGGAAAAAUUCCACAGGACUGCCCGGUCAGAGAUGCCAAGCUUGCUCUUUCUGCGAGGACAGCCAUGGUUUUGGGGACUCCCUCAGAGCCUGUAUGCUUUGGCAAAUCCCCCAGUUUUCUCAGAGACUUUUGUGGGCUCGACAAGGGAGGCAGCGAAGGUAAUCCAAACCUCAAAAUGGCCUUCAAGUAGCAGCUGGGAAAUUGGAGCAGGGACCAAGAUCAAACACACUCAGAGAUUUGGGGAAGAGAGUCGCUCCUUCGACAGCUGGCAAGGAGAAAGCAGAGGGGACUGCAGCACUGAGAGGAAGAUGACCUGCAAAUUUCCCAUUCAAAAAAUCCUCCAGAAUGCACUUACGCCCUUUGAACUACACUCUGUUGAUGGUCACAAACAGAUUGCACCUCAGUUUUCUAUCACAUUCCACAA